AUGGCUAAGAAACGUUCAGAGUCUUUGAAGCAGGCUCUGGCUAUUCCGACAACAAAUAAACCUAUUACGGAAGACGAUUCUGGUUCGCUACUAAGCUACAAGAACAGCGGAGUUUCACUACUCUCGCUGACACAGUCUCGACAAGCCUGGACGACAUCAGCUUUUCGUAGAUUUUCGCACAAGCAAGAAAUAGAGUUUAAACCGAAACUUCCUGACAAAACAAAUCCUAAUCCACAACUCACCAUACUCGGGAAAUGCACCAUUAACAUUGGGCCGCACACUUUCCGAGACACUCGCUUGAUAGAGGUCGUAUAUGAAAAAAUUCGAGAUCCUGUUGAACAAAGUGCACUCGGCACGACACAGUUAUCUACACAAAUGCAAAAUCAACCAGAGCAUAAGCCAUCACAACCACCUCCGCCCAUUGCCAUAAGGCCACAUAUGAGAGUACAACCACAGACCCCAACACCCAUUGCACCACAAGCAAGUGGGAAACCACUUAUUACUACUUUGCAACGAAUAAGACCAAUAGCCGCAUCGCCUGCGACUACUGCCACUUCUACUAACACAUUGUCGACUACUCCGACUUUACAGGGCACUCAGAUAACCGCGUUCAUGCAGACAGUAAUGCAGUCUGUAAAUCCUAACCAGAUAGUGCAACUGCAAGGCUUACUUAGACAACAGCAAUCGGGAAUACCGUUGAGUUCAGAGCAAAGGAGUGCGUUGCUACAGCAGCUGAACACGUUACAUCAGUUGCUCAUGCCGAUACAGCCGCAGACAUCGGAUCAACUACAAAUACUACAGCAAUCACAACGUCAGUCAACUCAGUUACAGCAGUUUACUACACAUUCGGUAGCAUCUAUUUCCAGACAACAGUCGCCGUCAAUCAAACCUAGAGAGAUUGUGCGUCACGACGUUCUUCUCGAGUUUAAAGAGAAUAGAUGUGAUAAAUGGUUGUUUCCCAAAAAUGCUAUUUUGGAGGCUAUCACAAUAUCUGAACCAUACGAGGCGAGUGCUACUUCGAUGUGUAUAUUAAUAGAAGAUCUAAAUUCUGUAGACAAGCCAAGUUCGCGGCAGAAGUGUCAGGCAGUCACAAUGCAAUUGUCUAAUCUCACGCAAGUCAUGUGGGAUGCAUUAAGGAAAUCAACAAACGACAUCUCUGCAGUCUACAAAUCUAUGGUUGAAAGAGCAACGCAUCAACCCAAUCGAGUAUACGUUCAAUACCGACUGCCUUGCGAUUAUCCUGAAGAGCUUCUUGAGAGUUUUGCAAAUAGAGUAGCAAGAUUAGAUGGAAGAUUGAUUAUAGACACUGUAUCAGGAAUAACAAAGGGUGAGCGAAAGCGAAAAGCUGAUAAAGGAAAAGCUGACGCGAACCCCGAACAGUCCCCCCCAAAGAAAAGGAAAAACUCUACAAAGGCAUCUGAAGUACGAUCACCAAAGACAUCUUCAAGCACUCCCAAAAAAACCAAAUCUACGCAGGAGGCAAACUCGUCAUCCCCUGCAAUAUCCCAAACGCUCAGCCAUGCAUCAUCCAGUGGUAGUAAAAGGUGUGCGUAUUGUGGAAGCAAAACCACUCCAAUGUGGAGACGAGGACCGGAUGGUGCUGGUACAUUAUGCAAUGCCUGUGGAGUAAAAUGGAAGCAGGGCAAAAUAAUAGUAAAAGCCACUGGCGCAUCAGCCAACACAAACAAUGAUAUGCAGCCGCAGCCACAGACGGCUACUAAAUCUAGGAAACAAUCAGUAUCGGCUGGUUCCGCUUCUACCACAACGACAAGGAAAAAGAAUACACGAUCAACGAGUGUAAGUGAAGGCGGUGCAUCGCAUACUGAUGAGGAUGAUAGUCGAGUCCAGAGCGGUACAGCUAGGCCUUCGGUUCGGAGAAGGACGUCUACGUCAGUCAAGAGAGCUGCUUCUAAGGCUGAAUCAUCCACAACGGGAACAAGUGGAGCGUUAUUGGCUGCUCAUUCAUCACUUACGGGAAUUUUGGGAGGUGAUAUAGUGGAUUCACCGGAUACAAGUACACCUGAAAUUUCGAACAGUCCCUUGCGAUCACCUGGUUAUCAGCACAGCAGUACAUCUAUUCCGGCAGUAUCAUCUAUCAUUCCACAGCCCCGCGCUCAGCCGAAUACUUCAAUGAUUUCGAUAUAUCCUUUUAAUCUGAAGUUGUUCUCUAUAUCAUUUGGUCCAAACAAUGCACACUUUAUGCAGCCGAAUUGUUCGGUAGCCCUACACCAGGAAUACUUCAAAAUAAAAUUAAGCAAAGAAGGUUUCGAUAGGACAUCCAUCGACAUAUGGAAAGAUACUAUUGAGGACAUUCAAUACUCAUCUGAGAUUGAUUCGGCCACAAGAUCACCCUUGUUGGUCUUCAAAGCAAACGUUGGACAAUAUUUAACAAGAUUUGAUCAAGAGCUCCUUAGUCCAGAUCGAAACGAGACGCUUGUCAUAUUUAAAUGUGUUAAUAUGCCAACCAUAGGAGACAAUUCUGGAGCCAAUGAUCUUAAAGUAAUAUUGCAAAGUUGGUUUGUCAACCAGUCUUAG